ACUAGUAAUAUACUUCUUCCGGGUCAAUUAACAGGUGCGUGCUCGGAAACCACGGAACGUUAUCUGGUUAUCUAUAAUAUUUCUAUUCAUGUUCUGUGAAAACUUAAUGUAUUCGUAGCAUUUUCCACAAAUGGCAACAUUCACCAAGAUGAACAGACUUUGUUCUUCAAUUUGCAAAUUAUUGUUAAAGCAACCAAAGAUACUUGAAGGGAGAUAUACAUUAGUUUUACAGAGAGGAUUGAGAACUACCCCUGUAGCCAAUCAGAAUCCACAGGGCCAGGAACAGCAGGGUAAUGGUACUUCAUCUUCUGUACAAGAAAAGCAAUAUGAAGAACAACAAAGAAGAAAUAAAGAAGCUGAAUUUACUGAGCUUGUCCGAGACUUUUUAAACCCAGGAGAAUUCUACAAGGCAUGUGUAGGACUUGGAAUAGAUUACUUUACUGGAGUACCUGAUUCACUGCUGAAAGAUUUUUGUGCCUAUGUGACAGCCAAUGCACCAGAAGGGAAACAUUUGAUAGCAGCUAAUGAAGGCAACGCUGUUGCCUUGGCAUCCGGUUAUCACUUAGCAACAGGCAAACAUUCAAUGGUUUAUCUACAGAACUCAGGUCUAGGUAAUAUAGUUAACCCUAUCAUGUCUCUGACAUCACAGUCUGUAUACAGUAUACCUAUGUUAUUGUUUAUUGGUUGGCGAGGAGAACCAGGAAAGCGAGACGAGCCACAGCAUUCAACACAAGGACAAUCAACUCCAGGUCUUUUAGCUGCCCUUGGUAUACCAUUCCAGCCUUUACCAGAUUACCAAGAGGGAGCUGAACAGGCUUUGCUAACAGCCAAACAUUAUAUGAAGAGCGCCAAUGCACCAUAUGCCUUACUUGUUAAGAGACAAAUAUUUUCUCCAUACAAACUUCCUAAGACAGGAGAACCACAAUUUCCAUUAAAUAGAGAAGGUGCAUUAAAAGUAUUGAUAGAUUGUUUAGGAAAUAAGGAUGUUGUUAUAAGUACAACUGGUAUGACGUCUAGAGAGUUAUUUGAAUACAGGGUAACUAAGGACAUGGGCCAUGAGAAAGAUUUCCUGACAGUAGGUUCUAUGGGUCAUGCCUCUUCAAUAGCCUUAGGAAUAGCAUUACAGAAACCAAAAAGACAGGUGUUCUGCUUGGAUGGGGAUGGAGCAGCCAUUAUGCAUUUAGGAUCCAUGGCAUCCAUUGGUCAGAAUGGACCAGCCAAUCUAAAACAUGUGAUUAUAAAUAAUGGAGCCCAUGAUUCAGUGGGAGGACAACCAUCAGAUGCAAAGAACCAUGAUUCAUUCUCAUUUGUUAAAAUUGCUGAAGGUUGUGGUUAUAAACAGGCCUUUUCAGCCACCACAGAAGAAGAGAUAAAAACUGCUAUAGCAGCGAUGAGAUCAAUGGACGGACCCUUGUUGUUAGAGAUUAAAGCUGAGAAAGGACAUAGAAAACAAUUAGGCAGACCUACUAGGACUCCAUUACAAAAUAAAGAAGAUUUUAUGCACUUCUUAGCUAUAGGAUAAACAAUCAGUCUUCUUAGCUAUAGGAUAAACAUUCAGUUUCUUAAAACGUUUGUCUAGGGAUUUUAUAUGAAUUUAUAGGAAUUAAAUUAUCAAAGAGGGGGUAUCCUUUUUUUUAGAAAUUUUGUAUGAUUCUUUUUUUUUGUAUUCAUAUAAUAUUAUUUUUUUGUUCUGGGUUUUGAACAGGAGGUUAACAGUAUUUUUUGUCAUUUUACAUUGGGUAAUCAUAUAGUAUUGAGUGUUUCAAAUUUAGAUUAGACCACCAAUGAUAAAUAAUUGUGUUUUUUUUCAUCGCUGCUUGUUUAAGAUUGAUUUUGCUGUCCCAAGUCAUUGCUCAAUUCAACCUAGUAUUAUUUUCAACAAAUUCGUUUUUGAGUGUCAAAAUGUGCAACAUAUAUUUAAAAGUGCUAUCAAAAUUCAUUAUGCACAACAUUUUUUUUUCCAGUUAUUUUUUUACUAUUCAUAUAUUUUUUUUAUUAAUUAUGAAUGAAUUAAGCAUUCUAUAUUUAUACUUUUGUAUAUUUGCUGAUAUUUAUUUUUUUAGUGUUCUCCAUGCUCUAUCAGAUGUCCACCAUGGAUCCUCUAUGUUGAAUUUAAAUGAGAAUCUCUAAAUAUAAAAAGUAAUCUCUGGUUCAAACUUGUAUGAAUCGUAUUUGAAGCUUUUAGAUAGAAUGGUCUCAUUCAAUUAAAGUGAAUUAAGAAUUAUAGAUUUUUGUGUAUUCAUUUCUACUUUGAUAACAGUUAUAUUAUGAAAAAGUGAUUAAUAUCUGACUGCAUUUUACACUUUUAUAUUGGCAUUCAGAAGCUUUUGAUUCCUCUCUAGUCUUUUUUUUUCCAUCACCUUUUCUACACCAUUAUUAUGAAGAUAUAGUAGUGUAAAUUCAGAAACUAUUGCAUGCAUUUAUUAUUUUGAUUUUUAAAAACGGACAAAAAUACAAACCGCUGAAAUGUACGAAAAUAAAUGUGAAUAGACCGAUUAAUUUAUAAUAUGAUGUCUGCUACUGAAAAUAGUUUACCUGUCACCUGAACAGGUAGUUUUCAGCUGUCCAACAACUAAUUAGCCUUAAAAUUAGAAAGUAUUGAAGAAGGGGUUGUUUUGAUAGUAAUUAAUCAUCAUGUCACUCUUAUGACAGGUAAUGUGUGGCUGUUAAAGGCAAAGGUUUGGGUCAAAAAGAUCGAGAAUUAUGUUUAAAUGACGGAAAGAGCCUUGAAAACUAAAAAGUAGAUGACCGUUUCUUGCUUUGCCAAGCCUGACUUUUACCAGACAUUAUACAAUUGACAGGAAUAUAUGACCGUUUUGGAAGCCUUGCUACUCACCCAGUCCAAUUAUUCACAUUUAAAAUAAAAACUUUGGAAUAAUUUCUAAAUACAGAGUACUCUGCCUUUGAAAGAUGACCGUAUCUUCCCGUUUUAUCAUCUUAACUCGUGCAUGCAUAUAUCGUUUCAUCUCAAAUUGAAUAAGGUCAUACAAAUACCAUUUAUCAAAUUAAGGAAAAAGAUUUUAUGCACCUUAUCAAGUUUUGGACCAUAAUUCAAUAUUUUUUAUUAUCUCUCAUGUUGUGUAACUAUUUGUUCAUUGGUUAUUUUUGGCAAAUGUACUUUUAUAUACAUUUGUACACAUAGACAUUGUGGAAUACUACAUCAAUUUUAGUGAUUACUUUUUUUGAAGCAUCCUUUUUUUCUGAAUUUUCCAAAGAACUGAAAUCCAUGUUGUUUUGUAGUGAAGAAUAAUGCUCAAGAAUGAAAAAAAGGAAGUGUGUUUUAUGUUCAAGCAUGAAGCCAAAUUUGAUGUGUUUAGCUCUGAUUGAUGCUCAUGAGAAUUUACCAAAGUCGUGUAACUUAUUUUUUUUGAGAUUCCUGAAAUGGAAUAAUGUGGUGACAUUCAUUUGAAUUGUCAUUAGAUAGAGGUAACAUACACACAUAUUUUAGUUUUUGUGUCUAGGUUGUGCUGAAUAGAAAUAAGUACGUGCCAUAUGUUUGAUUAUAAAUCCUGGUUUCUUCAUAAUGAAUGAAAGAUAUUUUUAAAAUGUCCUUUAGUCACAACCAGUGUAGCAAAGAAAGAACUUCAAGAAAAAAAUCCAUCUUGAUACAUGUAUACUUGUCUUGUAAUGAACACAAUUUAAAUCAGUGGUUAGUUAAAAAGGUUAAUAUUUAGUACUUACUUAAAGAGUAUAUUGUGUUUGUUUGUUUGUUAAUAUAUAUUAGAAGAUUAGAUAUUCAAUAUUUACUAAUGAGUGUAUUUUGUUUUGUAUAUUUAGAUAUUUAAGUGUUUUGAAUUAUUUAUUAAAAAAAAGUCCUAAUGUGAUUACCGGUUUUUCAUUUAUAUGUAGUCUGAUUUUGAUUUGAAUUUGAAAAGUCACCAAGAAAAAAGAAUCAACACCAAAUAAUGUGUCAUUGUUACCAUGGUAAUUUAUGCAAUGCGACUACCAAUAAAUAAGAUAUUGUGUAAACAGUUUUGGAAUUUUAUUAGAUUUCUACAUUUUUACCAUGUUAUGGCCAAAUAAGGUCCAAAAUAACCUAAAACAUUUGAUUCAUGGUUUUGUUGUUAUUUUCAAGUUUAAACAUAUUUAUGAAUAAUCACCUGCCAUAUAAGAUCUACAUUGUCAUAAGAAGCAAUACUACAUUAAUACAGAAUCUCAUUCACGGAGGGUAAUUAUGCUCAUGUUUUAAUUUCAGUAUUUCAAUACAUAAUUGUUUAAUUUUUAAAAAUAGAAAUAAAUGUAUUAAUUGUUGUAAUAUCUAUUUGUAGCUCGGAGAGCCAUCAAAUGUUUUAAGACUGCAAUAUGCAUUGUUACAAUUUUUCUUUUUAACUAUUUUCUCAAUUAUUUUUUUCAUUUUUCAAACAUACCUACUUUGCCUCUUAAUUUAAAUUGUUAUUAUUAAGAGGUUUAUAUUCACUUUGAAAAGAUCUAGAUUUCUCAAUAAACAUAUAUUAUGGGAACAAAACUUAAAAAGCAGGUCUGGUUAUAUUAGUAACUGUGUUUGUUAUAUUUGUAUUGAGGGAUUAAAUAAAUAUUUAUGAUCUAU